AAUAACUCAGAACAGCUGAUUUUUAUAAUUUUUAGUAAUUUUUAUUUACUAAUUAAUAAUAAAACUAAAAUUUAAGUGGGAAUAGGAAUUAGGAUGGACGCUUAUGGCUUAAAGAUACUAUACAGAUGGAUGUGAAUCCUACUCUCCAGCAUUCCAGAAUUCCAUAAAGAAAAUGCAAGCAAAAAAACGAUAUUUUAUUCUAAUUAUAUCAUUUCUUCUGGGAUUAUACUGUUUUUUCACCAGUUUCUAUUUAAAUACUCAAAGAAAUCAUAAAUCACGUCGGGGGCAGUUGCCAACAUUUGCAACUUUUGAAGAAUUAUAUGAAUCACCAUCUCGACAAAAGAGAAAUCCCCAAACAACUACAAAGUCAUGUAGAAUGCAAACGUGUUUUGAUUUUUCGAAAUGUGGCAAUGAUCCUAAAGUAUAUGUGUACCCUACAGAUGGGCCUGUUAGUGCCACUUACCGUAAAGUUCUGUCAGUGAUUAGGGAGUCAAGGUAUGCCACUCACGAUCCUACUGAGGCUUGUCUGUUUAUACCAGCGGUUGAUACCCUAGAUGCAGAUCCACUGUCUCCUGAGCAUAUUGCAGAUGUUGCCUCAAGACUUUCCCGACUUCAGUACUGGAAGAAUGGUCGUAAUCACGUCAUUUUUAAUUUAUAUGCAGGCACUUGGCCUGAUUAUGCUGAAGGGGCUUUAGGAUUUGAUGCAGGUGAAGCGAUCAUGGCAAGGGCAAGUGCUUCUGAAACUAUUUUCCGUGAAGGGUUUGACAUCUCCUUGCCACUGUUUCAUAAAGAGCACCCGGAACGUGGUGGUCUGCCCCCUGCAGCAACGGGGAACCCUUUUCCAGCACCCCGGAAACAUUUACUUGCAUUUAAAGGAAAGCGUUAUGUGCAUGGCAUUGGUAGUGAAACAAGGAAUUCUUUGUGGCAUUUACAUGAUGGUAACCAGCUUAUUUUAGUUACAACUUGUAGACAUGGUAAGUCCUGGAAAGAUUUAAGAGAUGAAAGAUGUGAUGAAGACAAUAAGGAAUAUGAUAAAUUUGACUAUGAGCAACUGUUAGCAAAUUCAACUUUUUGCCUUGUGGCUCGUGGUAGACGUCUUGGUUCUUACCGGUUCCUAGAGGCGCUAGCUGCUGGUUGUGUUCCAGUUCUACUUAGUAAUGGAUGGAGAUUGCCUUUUGAUGAGCGCAUAGAUUGGCGACGUGCAGUCAUCUGGGCUGAUGAGCGUCUUCUAUUACAGGUGCCUGAGCUAGUGCGUUCAGUGUCUCCUGAGCGUGUUCUUGCAUUGAGGCAGCAGACACAACUUUUUUGGGAACAAUAUUUUUCUUCAAUCGAGAAAAUAGUUUUUACAACUGUAGAGUUCCGUAUGUUACAGAUAAUAUUGGAACGAAUAAUGGCUCAUAGAUCGUCGCGACAGCGUGAAGCGUUGAUCUGGAACACAUCUCCGGGUGCGCUGAAUACUCUGGCGACGUACGGCGACUCGCGCGCGCACCUGCCGGCCGCCGCGCCCGCACCUCCCGCGCCCCGCGCGCCCUCCCCGCCCCCCGCGCCGCUCCCCGCGCCCUCCCUCCCGCUCCCCGCGCCGCCGCCCACGCCCGGCGUCUCCUUCACAGCCCUUCUGUACGUACAAGCUACGUCGCCUGCAUUACAUAAGCUCCUUGCUAACAUAGCUAGCAGCGAACAUUGUGAGAAGGUAGUCCUCGUGUGGGACAGUGAACGAGCCGCGCCGUCCUUGAAAUCGCUUUCGAGAAUGGCUGGAGAUUUACGCGACCCUUUACCUGUGAUGGUAAUCGACGCUACUACGCAUUAUCCAGGGGAAGGAGUGUCGGCGCGUUGGCAGCCUCUUUGGGCGAUUCCCACAGCUGCAGUGUUUUCUUUAGACGGAGACGCGCCUAUGUUGGCUGAGGAGUUAGAUUUCGCAUUUCGCGUGUGGCAGCAGUUUCCUGAGCGAAUAGUCGGCUACCCGGCUAGAAACCACUUUUGGGAUGAAUCCAAGAGCGCGUGGGGCUACAGCAGCAAGUGGGGCGGCUCGUACUCCAUGGUGCUGCCGGGCGCCGCGCUUGUGCACCGCGCGCUGCUGGCGCUGUACGGCGCCGCCGCGCCCGCGCUGCGCCUGGCCGUGCGCCGCGCGCGCAACUGCGAGGACAUCCUGCUCAACUGCCUCGCCGCGCACGCCUCGCGCCGCCCGCCGCUCAAGCUGGCACAGCGCCGCCGCUACAAGCCGCAGCAUCACCGGUACAGAUCGUCAUGGAGUGAUCCGGAGCAUUUCGUCCAGCGGCAGUCCUGCUUGAACACGUUCGCAGCCGCGUGGGGCUACAUGCCACUCCUGCGCUCUGUCCUUCGACUCGACCCUAUUCUAUUUAAGGAUCCCGUAUCCACGCUCCGGAAGAAAUAUAGAAAAAUGGAAUUAGUGACAUCUUAAAAAACUUUAUAUUCUUUACCUUUGCUAAAGAAAAUUAGGUACCUUAAUUUAAUUUAAACAAUAGAAAAUUGUAGGUUGGGUACCUACAAUUUUCUAUUGUUGUCCUGCUUUGAAUACUUGUUCUAGUCCUAGAUUUAAUAAGACUAUUAUUCCAAUAUAAUUUUAUAUUUCGGUUUAUUAGUGCUCAACGAGUUUUGUUUUACGCUAAUAAACUUAUAUGCCAAA